AAGAGGCGCUCGGCAGUGAGCCGUGCGCAUGCGCCCGAGGCAGCGGGCCCUUCUAAGCAGCCCUACCCGGUCGGCCGGCGUACUCUUUCCCCCUCCAGUCAUCAUGAAGAGGGGAGAAUCCUCCGGGGAGGCCGGAAGUGAGGGGCAAAUUCAGCUGGGAUUCUGCGUCCUCUGUGGCCUGCCAGCCUCAGGCAAAUCUACCCUCGCCCGCUCCCUUAGCGACCAGCUGAGGCAGAAGCAGGGCUGGGACGUUGCCAUCAUAACGUACGAUGACAUCAUCCCAGAAGCAGUCCUCGAGGGCGAGAACGCUCAGCUGCCGCCAUCCCAGUGGAAAUCGUUCCGACAUGAACUUUUGAUGUACCUUGAACACUUCUUGAUGGGCAUCAUUAACAGAUGCAAAUUAUCUGCUCCAACCUCGAGGACCGAAGUAAUGUGGGAAAGUUUUGUCGACUGCUUGAAAGAUCAAGGUCUUAUAUCUUCUGGAAUGGGAAAGGCCCAAUGUUAUUGCUUAACCAACGUGGCUCUAUCUCAGCCUUUGUAUCUGAUCUUGGACGACAAUUUUUAUUACCAGAGCAUGAGAUAUGAAGUCUACCAACUGGCUCGAAAAUAUUCCUCAGGCUUCUGCCAAUUAUUUUUAGAUUGUCCAGUUGAGUCCUGUCUAGAAAGGAAUCGUCAGAGGAGUAAACCAGUACCUGAUGAGACCAUACAACUGAUGGCAAGAAAGAUAGAAUCGCCAAACAUUCAAAAAAAUGCCUGGGAACACAACAGCCUCACUGUUAGGAGUACAGGAUCUGGUUCUGAGGACAACAUAGAAGUGACUGAUUUACUGAUUACUGCUUUGAAAAAUCCAAUAACAUGUUUUGAGGAAAAUAUGGAACAAAAGGAAACUGAUCGAGUUAUUUGUUCAACUAAUAUUCUUCAUCAAGCUGAUCAGAAAUUUAGAAGAAUUAUCUCUCAGACAAUGAAGAAAGCCAAAGAUGAAAAAGUGAUUGCCUAUGAGCUGAAACUUCUAGCAGAAGAACUUAACAAGCUUAAGGCAGACUUUUUGGAAGAUCUACGACAAGGAAAUAGUAAAAGAAUUUCAUGCUUGGAUCAAAAUAGCAUUUCAGAUGUCAUUCGCUUAUUUCAUUAUGAGAGAGAUAACAUUGUGCAGAAAUAUAUCCCAAAGGAGCAUUAAAUUGAUUUGCAUUGUG